AUGAUUAAAAACAAUAAAAAAAACUCAGUUUUACACGUGUUAUUAUGUGGGCUGCGUGGUUCUGGGAAGACUCUAUUGUUAUACAGAACCCUUAUUCCGGAGUGGGACACCGCCAACUCAGAAAUUACUCCUACACCUCUAUAUCAUUAUGAAGAACUUAAAUACAAUGGGAAAACUUUAGGAUUAUGGGAUUUCAGUGGCGACUCUACUGUGCGGACUAUGCCAAAUUUUGUUAGUCGUCAGGUUGAGGUCAUAGGCGUUGUGUUUGUAGUAAAUAUGCUCGAUAUGAACGAUUCUAAGAACGAUGAAGUUGUAAACUGGCUGGGAUCUUUAGAAUCCGAAUCCUCCUUGGCACACUCGAAGUUCGCUGUUUUGUUGAAUGGGAGUCAAGAACUUGUAAGGGGCGAAAACUAUGAAAAUUUAUUAAAAAAGCUUGAGCCUUUUAGCUUAAGACUCGGUGAAAGGUUCAUGUGUAGGAAUGUUAACACUAUCAUGGGCUUGGGGGACCCAGGCUGGACAGUUACCCUUGAUUUCCUAAUUUCUCUGUCUUCUCGAGAAAAAAAGAAACCAGAUAAAAAUUUUAAGAACUAA